CCAGUGACUGCCACUGGUGACUGUCAGAGGCGAAAGCUCAGGCCAGGCCUGGCUGCAGUGGUCUCCUCAGGCCGCAGCCGUCGGGAAGCGCAGCCAUGCCCAGGUACACUGUCCAUGUGCGCGGGGAGUGGCUGGCAGUGCCCUGCCGCGAUGCACAGUGCACCGUGGGCUGGCUAGGCCGGGAGGCUGUUCGGCGCUACAUAAAGAACAAGCCAGACAACGGAGGCUUUGCCUCAGUGGACGACGUGCACUUCCUUGUGCGCCGGUGCAAGGGCCUGGGCCUGCUGGACAAUGAGGACACGCUCGAGGUGGCCCUGGAGGACAACGAGUUCGUGGAAGUGGUGAUAGAAGGGGAUGCCAUGUCUCCCGACUUCAUUCCCUCACAGCCAGAAGGCGUUUACCUAUACAGCAAAUACCGGGAGCCUGAGAAGUACAUCGCCUUAGAUGGGGACAGUCUAACCACAGAGGAUCUGGUCAACCUGGGAAAGGGGUGUUACAAAAUAAAGCUCACUCCAACUGCUGAAAAGAAGGUGCAAAAAUCCAGGGAAGUCAUAGACAGCAUCGUGAAAGAAAAAACUGUUGUUUACGGCAUUACUACCGGCUUUGGAAAAUUUGCCAGAACUCUAAUUCCUGUCAGUAAGCUACAAGAGCUCCAGGUCAACUUAGUACGCUCACAUGCUUCAGGUGUUGGGAAACCACUGAUCCCUGAAAGAUGUCGGAUGCUCUUGGCUUUAAGGAUCAAUGUCUUAGCCAAAGGAUACAGUGGCAUUUCCCUGGAAACCCUCAAGCAAGUUAUUGAAGUCUUUAAUGCCUCCUGCCUGUCCUAUGUGCCAGAAAAAGGAACCGUUGGUGCCAGUGGAGACCUUGCUCCGCUCUCUCAUCUUGCUCUUGGGAUGAUUGGAGAAGGGAAGAUGUGGUCUCCAAAGAGUGGCUGGGCUGAUGCUAAAUACGUCCUGGAAGCUCAUGGAUUGAAACCAAUUGUUUUGAAACCAAAAGAGGGCCUGGCACUCAUCAAUGGGACACAGAUGAUCACCUCCCUGGGCUGCGAAGCGGUGGAGAGAGCCAGCGCCAUCGCACGCCAGGCUGACAUUGUGGCGGCCCUGACCCUUGAAGUGCUGAAGGGCACCACCAAAGCCUUCGAUACCGACAUCCAUGCUGUUCGCCCUCAUCGGGGGCAAGGCGAAGUCGCUUUUCGCUUUCGGUCCCUCUUGGACUCGGAUCACCACCCAUCUGAGAUAGCAGAAAGUCACAGGUUCUGUGAUCGUGUUCAGGACGCAUACACCUUGCGCUGCUGUCCACAGGUCCAUGGUGUGGUGAAUGACACAAUCGCAUUUGUGAAGAACAUUAUUACCACAGAACUUAACAGUGCAACAGAUAAUCCUAUGGUAUAUGCCAGUAGGGGAGAGACUAUUUCUGGAGGAAACUUCCAUGGUGAAUACCCAGCAAAAGCCCUGGACUAUUUGGCCAUUGGAGUCCACGAACUUGCUGCAAUUAGCGAAAGAAGAAUCGAAAGGCUCUGUAACCCCUCCCUCAGCGAGCUGCCUGCCUUCCUGGUGGCUGAAGGUGGUCUGAACUCUGGCUUCAUGAUCGCCCACUGCACAGCGGCGGCCCUUGUUUCUGAGAACAAGUGUCUGUGCCACCCUUCUUCUGUGGACUCUCUCUCCACCAGCGCUGCCACCGAGGACCACGUCUCCAUGGGAGGAUGGGCAGCGAGAAAGGCCCUCCGGGUCAUCGAGCACGUGGAGCAAGUGCUGGCCAUCGAGCUUCUGGCAGCCUGCCAGGGCAUAGAAUUUCUACGCCCCCUGAGAACAACUACUCCCCUGGAGAAGGUCUAUGACCUGGUGCGCUCUGUUGUAAGGCCCUGGAUUAAAGAUCGCUUCAUGGCCCCAGACAUCGAGGCAGCCCACAGGCUGCUUGUGGAGCAGAAGGUGUGGGAGGUAGCUUCACCAUACAUCGAAAAAUACAGGACGGAGCAUAUUCCAGAAUCAAGACCUGUUUCUCCAACGGCCUUUUCCCUGGUAUCUCUACACAAGAAAUCCACCAAAAUCCCAGAGUCUGGAGAUCUUUAACAGGUUUUGUCUUGGAUUAGCAGAUCAGAUGGUACUUAGUUUAAGAGCAAACAAUACUAUGUUGAAAGAAGACCUGAGGGCUUUUCUGGGUAGAUCAGUCCAUUAUAUAAUUCAGUUUUUCGAAAACCUACUUUGGUGAGGCUGUUGAUAGUAUUCUAGUUGGUAAAUCUGGUAGUGCUCUUGUUCACCUGGUUCAAAACACAGGAGUUUUCGGAUUUACAGGGGUUUUCUUUGUCUUAACAACAUCAGUAGGCCACUUACUCUUAAGGGUAAGAAGAAUAACCACAAUUGCAUAGAUCUAUUUUUUCAAAAGUAUCAUUGAUAUACAUUGUAUUGGUUUCAAUUAUACAACACAGUGGUUCAGCAGUUACCCAUAUUAUUAAAUCCUCACCCCGUCUAGUGUGGUCACUAUCUAUUAACAGAGUAAGAUAUUACAGAAUCAUUAAUUGUAUUCUCUGUGUUGUACUACUAUCCUAGUGACCAAAUUAUAUUGUGAUAGUGAAUUAUUGUGCCCCUUUAUCCCUCUCCCCCCAACCCACCCCAACUCCUCCCCCUUGGUAACCAGUAGUCCCUUCUCAGUGUCUAUGAGUCUACUAAUUGCACAGAUGUUUUAACAUUUGAUAAACUCAAAUCUUAAAACAGACUGAUGGCAUUUUUAAAAAUAUUGGACAUCUGUGGGGUUUUUUUCUUGGCUUUGAUGUGCUCUCUAACUUUGGCUGGCUGGCUGUACUAUGUCAUAUGACAAAUGUUCCUUAAUUUUCUUUCAUAAACAAAUACUGCUUUAAAUCAUAA